UACUAUUAUUUACUACUGCCUACUUACUAGGGAUCUGGAUGAAAUUUGGGAUCCUCACCUGACCAAUUCCCAUUCCCCUCCAGAUCACUUCAUGGAUGCAGGAUCAAUCACUCCCCACGUCUAGCUACUAUCUCCAACAAGUCACAGAAGUCCAUCCAUAUGCAGUCCCUGCCAAGUCUUUCCUUCUCUUCUCUUUUCUGUUCUUUCUUCUUUUCCUUUUUUUUUUUUUUUUCGUCGAUCGCCCACCUGACACUGUCCAAUUUUUUCUCUCCCCCUCCCCACUAUUCCCCUUUCAACCGCCCGGAUCCAGUCUCUCACCUUCUAGACCCGGUCCAGUCCCUCUUCCACCUUCCACUUUUCUUCUCUCCCUUUCUUUUCUCAAGGUCAUUUGGACAGUGGUGGCCCCCUGUUCAUCAAUCCUGUCGACCCCUCCCCAGUUUUAACCGCUCCCGGUUAGUCUGGAUUAUCAUCAUUCAGUUGAAG